AUGACGCUCAUCAGCAUUUUGGCAGGUCUAGGCAUGGGUGAGCAGCGUGACCGAAAGAUUGCCUCUGCGCCCACAUGAUCGCUGACUUUGAGCUGGUACAUCCAACUGCAGCCAUUGGUGCGCCUUUGAUCUACGCGGACCAAGCCUGGAGUAUUCAAAAGAAGCGUGACAGCUCUGGGUUCUCAAAGGGUGAGCUUCAGUGGUGCUCGAGUGAAGUUCUCAUCUCCACGCGCUCUGGAAGCUGACAAACCGUUUGCAUACAGAUGUAUGCGCUGUCUUACUGCUCUCCAACAUCGCUCGCUGCUUCUUCUGGCUAGGAGAGCCAUUCGAGCUCGGUAAGUGCUGCUCUUGGUAGCGAGCUAAAGACUGCGGGUUGCCUUACAUACAGCCCCCCUCUUCGACCCCCUUGCGUUCAAGCUUUGCUGCUCCAGUCUAUCUUGAUGAUAGCGGCGCAGUUAUUCCUGCUCUCCCUUCUGCUAUAUUACCGCCCUGGUUCCUUCGCACAUGCGUCCUUCACCGCCUCUUCUGCGGAUGCUGGGAGCAGCCGCUCCAGUGCUCCAUUGUUUGAUGCUGCCAGCGCAGCGCUAGCCUCAGCAGCAUCUGCUGCGAAUAGCCAAGCGAAGCCCACCUCGACCGCGGCGCAAGCGUCUCGAAUCGAUACAUCUGCUCCCCAGCCGACGUACGACGCUGGUGACUCGACAAGAGGAAAGUACGCUGCGUUGGCGGGCCUCAACUUUGAGCUGCCUCCUGCUCCGACGAUCGGAUUGGAAGAAGGUGAAGACGAGAACGAUGCUGAGGAAGUGUCCCGACUAGACCGGGUCAAGCAGCUUUUGAAGGCUAGUCUGCGAAGGGGCCAAGGAUUGAGAGCGGAUGGAAGCGAUGCAACUAGACCGUUCGGAUUUUGGACUUGGACAACCCUUUCCUCGUAAGUGGAACUCUGUCUCGAGGCUCACGGAGGCGCCGCACUCGACCCCAUUCUAAUGCAUCAUUCCUCGCCUCAUGGCAGCUACAUCAUAUUCCUUCUUGGGUACACUCUUCUACUUGGCGUGUUGCAGAUGAUUCUCGGAUGGAGCAAGACGUACGUCAGCAUACUGGGUUACUACGCACUGGGACUUGAAAGCACUCUACCAAUUCCGCAAGCUAUUAGGUGAGCGGAAGCAUGCGGAGCUACUCGCGCACAUUUCAUUAACACCACAAACACGCUUCCAGCAAUCAACGUCGCAGGUCUCUGUCGGGCUUUAGACUGACUGUCCUGGGAGGAUGGACGCUGGGAGACGUGUUCAAGACGGGCUACUUCAUCGUGCAAGGCUCGCCGCCCCAAUUUCUGAUUUGCGCGCUCUUUGCUCUCUCGAUAGACCUGCUCAUCUGUGCUCAGGCUUAUCUCUUUCGGGAACAAACACAGCGGGAGGACGAGGAAGCUGCGAGGGAAGAGGGCGCUCGAUUGGCAGCCUUGGAAGCUGAAAGAGGCGAUAUUGGGGACUAUCCCACCGCGCCUUCGCCCAGCUCAAGAGGCGCGCCAAAGAACUCGCCCGGGCGUAUCAAGAGCAAUGCACCAACGAAUUCCGAACCAACAGCUGCAAGCUACAACUCAAACGCGCCCAUACGCGAUGCAGAUGAGAUAGAGCCUGACGAUUGA